AUGGUGAAGGAUGGUGUUAUUGAACCUUCAUCUAGUCCAUGGUGUUCACCUGUGGUGCUGGUAAAGAAGAAGGACGGCAGCAUGCGGUUUUGUGUUGACUACCGCCGCCUGAACGACGUUACGAAGAAGGACAGCUAUCCCUUGCCAAGAAUUGAUGACACGCUGGACAUGCUUACAGGCGUAAAGUGGUUUAGUACGCUGGACCUGAAAAGUGGAUACUGGCAGGUUGAAAUUGACUCUAAGGACAAGGAGAAAACUGCAUUCUCCACAGGAAAUGGUCUGUGGCAAUUUAAAGUCAUGCCUUUUGGAUUGUGCAAUGCUCCAGCAACGUUUGAAAGGUUGAUGGAGCUUGUACUUACCAGGCUAACUGGUGACGCCUGUCUGGUCUAUUUGGAUGACAUCAUCAUUGUAGGCCGUACGUUUGAGGAACACCUUCAAAACCUGGAACGCGUGCUCAUGAAGAUCCAGAGUGCCAACCUCAAGUUGAGUCCGAAGAAGUGCUCACUAUUCAAACGGCAAGUUAGUUUUUUGGGGUAUGUAGGGUCGGAAGAAGGUAUCCGCACGGAUCCAGAGAAAAUUGCCGCUGUCAAGGAGUGGCCGGUUCUAAAAGACAAGACAGGUUAG